UGUGACAGCUCGCCGGAUGAUGGUGUGCAUGUGGAGCGCGUGGCGGCGGGGCUCGGUGUUUGCCGCGCGGCUCGGAAAGAGGGACUGGGUUUGCAGUUUUUCUGCGGGCGUCUCAGUCAGGUACAAGGACUACAGCACCAAGACGGCUCCUCAGAUCCCCGGCAUGGAGUACCAGGAUGCCAUUUGCAUGCUGAACACACUGCAGACCAAUGCCAGCGCUCUGGAGCAGGUCCGCCGCGAGCGCAGCCUCCCUCAGCUGCAGCUGCAGGCCAUGAGGGGCUACCUGGAGCGGGCCGGGCUCACAGUGGAGGAACUCGAUCAUCUCAAUAUCAUUCAUGUGACGGGAACAAAGGGCAAGGGGUCAACAUGUGCGUUCACUGAGCAGAUUUUAAGGAGUUAUGGCUUCCGCACCGGAUUCUACAGUUCCCCACAUUUGGUUCAAGUCAGGGAGAGGAUUCGCAUCAACGGACAGCCCAUCGGGAAAGAGCUCUUCACUAAAUACUUCUGGCAGGUGUACGGACGGCUGGAUGAAACUAAGGAUGCUCACGGAGGGAUGAUGCCGGCCUACUUCCGCUUCCUCACCAUCUUGGCCUUCCAUGUGUUUCUGCAGGAGAAGGUGGAUUUAGCUGUAAUUGAAGUUGGGAUUGGAGGAGCGUUUGACUGCACCAACAUUAUAAGGCGGCCGUGGGUGUGUGGCGUAUCUUCUCUGGGCAUCGACCACACUCAGAUUCUCGGAGACACCAUCGAGAAGAUCGCCUGGCAGAAGGGAGGCAUCUUCAAGCCAGGGGUUCCUGCCUUCACCGUCAAACAGCCAGAGGAUGCGAUGGUGAUGCUCCGGAGCAGAGCCCAAGAGAUGAGAAGUCCUCUGCGCGUGUGUCCAGAGCUGGAGGAAUACCAGACAGACUGUGGAGCUCUGCGUCUGGGCCUGGCGGGGCAGCACCAGCGCUCCAACGCCUCCCUGGCCCUGCAGCUCAGUCACACGUGGCUGCAGAAAAGAUGUCUUCCAGCAGAGACAAGCUUCCCCUCCACAAGUGAUGAGAACACGGGGGUGCUUCAGGGGUCCGCCUUCAAGCCCAGCCCUGUCAUGGUGAAAGGGCUGGCGGACACAGAGUGGGCCGGGAGGAACCAGACCCUGAGACACGGAGCCGUGACCUACUUCCUGGAUGGAGCUCACACCAUGCGUAGUAUGCAGGCCUGCGUGCACUGGUUCAGAGACACCGCCUCCCAGCAUGAGAGGAACUCCAGUGGACCCGUGGCCAGAGUGCUGCUGUUUAACGCCACGGGAGAGAGAGACUCCGCCGCCAUGCUGAAGCUGCUGGUGCCCUGUCAGUUUGACUUUGCUGUGUUCUGCCCCAACAUCACUGAGGCCUUGGCAUCAUGCAAUGCAGACCAGCAGAACUUCAACGUGUCGGUGGAGAACAUGCUGACCCGCUGCCUGGACAACGAGAGGAGCUGGCAUCUCCACAACAGCCAGCGUGGCAACAAGGGAGCCCAGCUGCUGAUCGAGGGCAGCCAUCCCCUGGUGACGGAGAAGAAGGCGGACACGCUGGUGUUCCCCUGCAUCCUCAGCGCCCUGCAGUGGAUCACUCAGGGCCGGGACCCGGUGCUGGCGGACCCGGCAAACAGAGUGCUGCCCGUGAAGCCCAGCAUCACGGCCAAAGCUGCUCCGCUGUGCGCUGCGGCCGAGAUCCACAUCCUGAUCGCCGGGAGCCUGCACCUGGUGGGGGGGGCACUCAAACACCUGGAGGCAGCUUCCUACAAAUAAACAGACAUGAGAAAUAAGUGAAUUCAAUAAUGGGAUGUUCUCAUUCUGGGUGAAAUCUAAAUGGGGUGUAGCUUUUUGGACUGUAUCUUCAGACGAGCUGCACCGAGCUACCGUUAGCUGUCCUUCAGUAGCCGAUGCUAGGAGCCUGCGAGGUGGGACCAAGGCAGCUCCACCCAGAGCCUUACAGACGAGCAGGUGGAGCUCACGUUAGUCUUAAUGAAGCCAAACAUGUUUACAUGAUCUGAAGGGUACAGCACAACAAGCGGCGCUGAAUCAACUGGACCUGUGUGCCUCAGUGUCGUCACAUAUUACAGAAACAGCAAUAGAAAGUGCUUCAUGAAGUUGUGAUUCUUUGUGAUUUGACUAUCAAUUGGAACACUUGAGUGUCACUACUAAAAGCCAUUUUGGACGGCUUGUAAUUCUGUUGGGAUUUGACAAUGUUUUUCUCACAUGGCCUUCACUUUCCCUUUUUGUACUACUGUUGUGUAACUGUGCUAAUGUCCUCAGAUGAAGUCAUGUAACUAACUCACAUCCUGUACACUGAAAUUAUAGUAAUAUAUAAAUGGCCCUUAAUUUGCAUUAUCUGCCUCUACAUACAAGUAUUGUAUGUAAAAUGCUGGAAGAUAUUGAAACUGUAUGAAAUACAUUUGUAAUCGGGGUCUUCAUGUUGUUCUGGUGGAUCAGUGACGCUAACCGUUCAGGCACAUUCAGUGGCCCGUGUAACCUCAACGUUUAAUUUCAGAAUAAAUAAAGAUUUUGUGUCGCUUGUUGCAAGUGGUGGGGAUUAAAUCUGCUCAUAUCUGAAAUGAGAGUUAAUUAAAAAAAUGGCAUUGCAAA